AAGUCCUGUCAUGUUAAAAUGUUAAAACAGCAGAGGAGUCGUUCACUUGUAUGUACAGUGUUUUUUAGGGGCGUGAACGCAGCGCUUCCCAUUGACCAGGCAUCCCUUCCGGUAGAUGAGGUCAACUUUUCCCUAGAUCCGCCAUUUCAGUCCCGGAGUUUCUUGUUGCACAUUAGUUUUGAUUUUGAUUUUUUUUUGUCAUUUUAACAUUGUAGCGGUGGAGUGUGGGGUUUUGUGGUGUAAGAGAAGUCCUGCCAACUCAAACGCCUCGACAUUACUCGGUGAAGUUUCCAAUACUGUGGUUUUAUACGGGAUUUUUCAGGGGAAGCGUCAGUCUACCAAAGUUUUUGUAUGAGUUGCGGAUAGGGAGAGGCGAAGGGGAAAGGCCUCAAGCCUCGGACGGGAUUUCACAGCCAUGGCUGGUAAUUUUGAUGCCGAAGACCGCUCUAGCUGGUACUGGGGGAGGCUGAGCCGCCAGGAGGCAGUUUCUCUCCUACAGGGACAGAGACAUGGCGUUUUCCUGGUGAGGGACUCAAUAACCAGCCCUGGAGACUACGUGCUGUCCGUCUCGGAGAACUCCAAAGUGUCCCAUUAUAUAAUCAACAGCAUCAGUAACAACCGGCAGUCUGGCUCAGGUUUGGCUCCUCCUCGGUUUCGGAUCGGGGAUCAGGAGUUUGAGGCGCUGCCGGCCCUGCUGGAGUUUUAUAAGAUCCACUACCUGGACACCACCACACUCAUAGAGCCCAUAAACAAAGCCAAGCACACAGGAUUCAUCAGCUCCUCUGCUGGCGUCCCGCAGCAGCCCGAGGAGGCAGAGUUUGUUCGGGCGCUAUUUGACUUCCCCGGCACUGAUGAGGAGGACCUCCCCUUCCGCAAGGGCGACAUCCUACGAGUGCUGGAGAAACCCGAGGAGCAGUGGUGGAACGCUGCUAACCAGGAUGGCCGAGCCGGGAUGAUCCCAGUGCCCUACGUGGAGAAGUACCGGCCUGCCUCGCCCACUGCUGCCGGCCUGGGUCCCCCUGCUGGGGGGACUGGACAGGGGGUGCAAGUUGGAGGAGGGGUAGUGGGCAGCACAGACGGAACAGGGGCCCCUCAGGCCAAUCCUCUGGGGGACCCGGGCCAGUAUGCUCAGCCUGUGGUCAAUGCCCAGCUCCCUAACCUACAGAACGGGCCUGUCUAUGCCCGAGCCAUUCAGAAGAGGGUGCCCAACGCCUACGACAAGACGGCGCUUGCUCUAGAGCUGGGUGACAUGGUAAAAGUGACCAAGAUCAACGUGAACGGCCAGUGGGAGGGUGAGUGCAAGGGCAAACGAGGCCACUUCCCCUUCACCCAUGUUCGACUGUUGGAACAACACCAUCCUGAUGACGAGAGCUGAGAAACACACGCACUCCGCAUCACCUCGACCGUGUCCAGCACAUCCCUUCUCUUAUGGUCAUUUUCUCACGCUCGGAAAGAAAAAGAUUUAUACAAGCACACAGUAUAUGAACCUUUGAGCUCAACGGGUCAGACUCUCCUGACCCUGCCAGCACAAGACGUGUUGGGUCAUCUUACCUACUGUCAUUUUCAAGAGUUUACACUAAGGUCAGACUGAUAUCGGUUAGCCUAUAUUAGUUUUUUUUUUUUUUUUUCAUUACACACAUUCCUCUUUGACUACUUCUCCAAAAGCUGCAGUUAAGUAUUUCUUGUAUUCCAACAGAUAACAGUAUUUGUAGGUUUAAUAUUUAUUAAUAUGUUACACUUUAAAGGAGCACACUUGUGUGUUGUCCGGAGCAGAAUUGUGUAGGAAGCUCGAUUAUCAAUUUAAUAUCUGUGCAUCCAGCUCAGAGUUAGGAUUGUUAAGCCUAGCUUAGCUACACAACUGAAAGCAGGGGUUAAACACAAGCCCCUAGGAACUGAAUAAUUAGGUCGUUAAAGUUGGGAAAUUCACUAAUAGGCAAAUCCAGAGCUGUUUUCCUACUGUCAUUCACGUGAGCCUGAGACUGAGCGGUCGGGAGGCAGGGUUAAAGGAAAGGCUAAUGUGCCUGCUGUAUGGGCCCAUGGAUGUGGAAAAUCCAAGUAAUUUUAUACCCGGAACUAGGGCUGCACAAUUAAUUGAAUAUUAAUCACGAUUACCAUCUUGGUUUCCCACAAAUAAAUGAACAUGAUCGCCUGCGAGAUUGAUGUUUUUAAAUGCGUGCUUCGCUCACAUAAAACUGCUGCACUGCAUUUAAAAUCAAGCGCUUCCUUAAUGAACAGCCAGUCUCUACCUAAGAGCUGUCGCAUGUGCACCCUGCAGCAGCAACCUGUACAAAAACUCUUCUGACUGCUGCACUUGCAGAUGGGCAAAACAACAAAACAACCAUCAUCAUCUGUUGUUUGGAUGGUUUUCAGAUUUAGUAGGGAAUAAAUCAUAUGCAAAGAGUGCACAAGACCUCUGCCUUGAAAAAACACUAUAGUCUGCAGAUCGAUGAACGCAUAAAGGCCAGGAAGAAUAACUACCACAGAAAUUGAAUGACACUCAUCCCAUUCUUGCCAACAUUACUUCACUACAUCCCCGUUCUUGUCCGGCGACAAGACAUCAGACAUCCAUGACAGUGACGCUGCAGCGCGGCAUGGUAUUGGUGACUGCCGUUAAUAAAAAGAAAGACAAGAAAUGCAGGGGCAGAUACAUAUCCAUAGUAGAUGCACUGAAUUCAGGUGAAGAGGAACCUUGUAAGUCUGAUUUUGAUGCAAAGAUUUAUUAAAUACUAGGAAAGUAGCACGUGAACGUGAGAGUAGUGCUGUUUAUAUACAUGUGAAAGUGCAAUUAAAACAAUUCUGGAUCUCAUUUUAAUCAAAAUAAUCAUGUUAUCAUUUUGGAUGUAAUUGUGCGUGGAACUUAAGGCAAUAGGAGAUAUUGGAUAGUCCAAAACAGGCAGUUUUAGGUGCCAGUAACCGAUAUCAGUCGAACCCUAGUUUACACACCUCCAGCCCAGUAUUGAAGUCUGCAGAGUCGACCCACUCUUCCUCUCCUGUGUCAGCUGUGUAUCCCCACCCACUUCAUUUCAUUCACACACUGAAGGGAAGAAAAAGAAAUCGAUUGCACACAGGAGACAAAACACUCGGCUUCUCUCACAGAAUCAUGAAUCAGUGAGUUCUCGUAGUGCCAGACUGUGAACCUCGGAGCGAAACGAACAAAGACUUGUCCUGAUGACUCCGUCUUGUGGAGAAGACGACUUCACCGACCUAUUACAUCCCACACUACAAACCAAGUCCUCUUUUUUUGUACUAAAAGUGGAAAAUAUUAUGAUAGAAUUGACUAUAUAUAUACACACACCUUACAUGCUAAAUACUGUAAACUUUUUUUUCUCCUUUCAUUAUAUUUGAUUUUCUCUGACUUGUUUUUGUUACCAGAGACUAUACACUUAUUAUUGUAUGUUCCUCUUUUAAAACACUAUUCAGCGCCAGCAUGGAUGACUUGAAAUGCAGCAGUGUGAAAGAACAAAAUAAGCACCCUUUCAUGCAGGAAGGAAAGAUCCCCUGAGGCUGUUUGAGAAGAUGAGUGGAGAAAGGUUGAGCGAUUUUAUUUUUGUCUUCCAGCAAGGUUUUUAUGGCAUUGUUAUUCAGAGAUGCUUUAAAGAUGAAAUCCACCUAAAAACACUAAAUGCUUUUGCAUUUUUAUGUGUAACUGGUCAAACAGACGUGUCACUUUGUCUUUUUUUUGUGCCAUGAUUGACAUUUGCUGCAGGUUUAUUGUUCUCAUCAGCUUUUUCCACAUUGAAUACACGUUAUUAUUACACAUAAAGCUUUUUUAACACACACAGGCCCACUGAGCAGUGUGUCAAUAUGAAAAUAAACCACAAAAUGUCCUGUUACUGUAGGAUUCUUUCUCUCUUUAGCUAAAUGUCAUUUUCCAACUGUUUGAGAAUACACCCUUAGACCUUUUCCUCAAAAGCAGGCAGUACAGUCACCAACUUGUGAUGUCCUUCUUAACAUUAUUCCUGUUUUUACUAAGGGUAGCCCGGUGAACACUAAAAGGUGGCUUGCAAAUGGUUGUAAGAUGUGUUGAACAGCGAUGACACUGAUCUAACGCUGUUACCAGUAAUAAUAACACUGUGUUUUAAAGGUAUACUCUUCAGGAUUGUUGGUUACUAGGGCUGUACCCGACUCAGAAUUAUGUCCCAUGGAAAGUUUUUAAAGUUUGAACAGGCUCAGCGGGACUUUGAGUGUGACAGUGCCAUUCACGUCACAGUCAACAAGCUAACUGCGCUAACGAAUGAUUGUAAUUGUGCAAGAAGGUUUUUACUAACACUAGAUAUCAAAGAAAAGCCAGAGACUGUGUCAAAGAAGAGAGGCGUUGUUGGCAGGAUAAUAAGUUUAUACCAGGGUCAUGUACACUAUGCUGUCCAUAGCAGAGAGUAGCAUGAAAGUAAAGAACGCUCACUCAGCAGCAAAAUCUGGGGACCAAAACAUCUCCAGAAGUACACUGCACAGCACGCUGACUAGCAAAAAGCCCCCACAACUGCUCAACUUGAAGAGUCGACAGAGGGGUCUCCAAAUGAUGGUUCGCCUCUCGGACUCGGUUAUUGUUCGUACAUACUGUUGUAUGUGCUCGCCAGCAAAAGAGAAAUUAAAAGCCAAGCCCAGAUUCACUCUCGUUUGGCAUUUAGCCUCACUAUAUUUGUGUUUAUCUGCGCUUAAUCUCUUGGAUGCAUCCUGCUGACUGUCCCCAAUUAACCUAACCUGCAUGUGGGAGGAAUCCGGAGUACCAUGACACAGGGAAAAUAUCAAGCUCCACACAGAAGGGCUCUACCACCCAGGGUUCGAAUCAGGAACCAUUUGCUAACCACUGCAUGCCGCUGAGUUAAUACAGUACAUUUGCUUUUGAGAAAAUCCUGCAUAGUAUACCUUUUAAGAAAAAAAAUCAUCCUGUGGUUUAUAGCAAACUGAGAUUGGGUUGUACCUGAUAUGUAUCGCCUUUUCCAUGAUACAUAAAUGCAAUGAAUACUUCCUGGUAAGCUAAAGUAGGAACAUGGUGAGUGACAAACCUCAGCUGUUGUUUUCUUGUCAGUCACCAGGGAGGAUCUGCAGUUACGUCCUCUCUACCUCGUGUUUUGAGUAGGAAUUUACUGGCCUGAAGCCUGCAUGGCUCCAUCAGUCAGUCAGUAUUGUUUUUGAUAUGUUAAAAUGAACAAGACGCUUUCUGUAGCACUCAACAUAAAUACAUUCUGUUUCCAAAUCACAUAUUCAACACAGCCCUCGGGUCAGAUGUAUUAAUAAUGCCUGUGCACAAAAAUCAUUCGUGUGUCACGUCCCAAACAUAUUUAUAGUCAAGACCGUAAGCUGAGGUGUACAUACAUGUGUAUUGGUGUGUAUAUAUAUAUGUAUAUGCAGCAUAGGCAUGGUUUUCUUAAAGAAGUAUGACAUAGUUAAGAAGAAAGGAAAGAUAAGCUGAGAGACAGAAUCUAAUCAUAUGUCCAGUUUCACAAAGUGUGAAUAACUUGUGCAGUCUGAACACCUGCUGUAUCUUUACUAUAUAUGCAAUCAAAGGCACAUUUAUUCAUCAGGGUUCCCACAGUCAUGGAAAACCUUGAAAUUUCAUGGAAUUUCACAAUCAUAUUUUCUAGGCCUGGAAGAAGUCCAUUUAAAGUUUUGAAAAAGUCACAGAAAUUUUUGUGUAUUGAAAUUGUUUCAGUUAUCUACCAUGGAGUACCUUUCAUAUAUUGUUACUAGGCCUGCCCCCGACUUAGAAUAUUCCUCGUCGACCAGUAGUCAUCAUUCUUUUUUGUGCCAGCUUUUAAGAGCGUGGCUCCAGGUUUUUCUCAAUUUAUUUUCUGUAGCUGUCGAGGUAAUGUUGCUCUAAUGUGCGUCUAUUUAACAGUUUUAUUAACCGUCAUGUACAUUUCUUCAUUUUCUCCCUGCGUCACGUCUCCCUAGCUGAAACUAUCUUUGUUUAGAGUUUAAAUCGGAUAUGUUUCAAGAACGCCAAGCAAGUUUGUCAAAAAAUAUUAUGGGUCCUUGAAAAGGAAAAAAAGUAAUGGAAAACUUUUGAAAUUGUGUUUGUGGAAUUGUGGGAACCCUGAUUCCAUGUGCUGCAAGUUGCCCCAGUUGUAUAUUGUUGAACAACUUUUUAAAAACCCAACUGAUUUUUGGUUAUUUUGCUGCUCUUUUCGUCACCAUGUCUUCAGACUGAUGGAGAAAAUGGAAGUGUAUCUAACUGGGAGUUAAAAUCAGGCCUGUGAACCAGCGUAUAAUUUUACACUAUCUCUGAGUGCAGAUGUCUGCAUUUGUAUGAACACACAGUUUCUCCAUCACAGAAUGUUUAUGCAUCUGACCCCAGAUAUCCUGAAAUGUAGUCUGGGUUUACAAUGUGUUAAUAAAUUGUGAAGAUUUCCCUCCA